GGCGAGCGGCAGCGGCGGAGGAUGAACGCGGAGCUGGCGCGGGAGAUCCGCCAGCUGCAGAAGGCCAAGGCUCGGGCCCAGCGGGGGGGGCAGACGGAGCAGGAGGCUGCACUCUGCAACCAACUGGGAGAGAUCCUGGCCAGCCAUGGCCGCUAUGAGGAGGCUCUGGAGCAGCACCGGGAGGAGCUGCGGCUGUUGGAGGGCACCGGUGACCGCUUGGGCUGUGCCAUUGCCCACCGCAAGAUCGGGGAGCGCCUGGCGGAGCUGGAGCGCUAUGGAGCCGCGCUGCAGCACCAACGACAGCACCUGGAGCUGGCACGGGCACUGGGGGACCACACGGAGCAGCAGCGAGCAUGGGCCACACUGGGCCGGACCCACAUGUUCAUAGGGGAGAGCCAGGACCAGGACCGGGAUGCGCUGGAUGAGGCCCAAAGGGCUUUCCACACCAGCCUGGCCAUUGUGGAGCAGCGGCUGGAAGGAUCGGUGCCGCAGAGGGAGGUGAUGGAGAUGAAGGCUCGGCUCUUCCUCAACCUGGCGCUGGUCAGCGACAGCCGCAAGGAGCCCGAGCAGAGGGAGCGGUACCUGAAGAGGAGCAUCUUCCUGGCUGAGCAGGGGGGGCUGCAGGAGGACCUGUACCGCGCUCACUACAACCGCGGCUCCAUCCUGCUGCGGGAUGGGGACCAUGGGGGGGCCCUGAGGAGCCUGAGCCGCGCUCGGGAGUGUGCCCGGAGCCUGCGGGACCGGGGCCUGGAGAGUGACAGCUGUGCCAGUGCUGCGCAGGUGCUGCUGGCCCUGGGUGACUUCGCAGCCGCCCGUCGCUCUCUCCGCCAGGCCCUGGCCCUGGGCCCACGGCAGCCCCAGCACCGGCUCCUGGUGCGCGCCAACCUGCGCUAUGCCUCGCGGGUGCUGCGGCUGCUGCAGGCUCUGGAUGGGGCCGGGGGGGAUGCGGCUGCAGCUCUGCCCCUAUGUGAGCGCCUGGGGGACGUCUGCUCCAGGCAUGGGGACUACAGCAGAGCCCUGGGCUUCUACCAGAGACAGCUGGCGCUGGCGCAGGCACUGGCGCGGCCACCCCGGGAGCUCGCUGUCAUCCACGUGUCCUUGGCCACCACCUAUGGGGACCUCAAGGACCCGGCGCGGGCGCUGCAGCACUUCCGGCAGGAGCUGGAGCUGCACCAGGGCGAUGCCCUUGAGGAGGGGAGGACGUGGCUGAACAUGGCCCUGACCAUGGCAGAGGCUGGGGAGCCCCCCCCCGCGGUGCUGCCCCCCCUGCACAAGGCAAUGGAGAAGGCGACUGAGGCCGGAGCCACCCGGCUGCAGCGCCAGGUGCUGCGGCAGCUCCAUGCAGAGCAGCUCAAGGCUGGGGAUGCUGAGGCUGCUGCCAGGAGCCUUUCCCGGCUGGAAGCGCUGGGGGGGGGCCGGGAAGAGGAGGAGGAGGAGGAGGAGGAAGAGGAAGAGGCCGCGAGCAGUGAGAGCCAGGAUGAGAGUGACCUGGAGCUGAGCACCAGUGAGGAGGACGAGGAGCUCCAGGGAUGCAGCGGGAGCCUCCCGGGACGGCGCCGGGCAAACAGGUGGAACCGCCGCAAUGAGCGGGGUGAGACCCCCCUGCACCGAGCCUGCAUCGAGGGAGACCUGCGCCGGGUGCAGCUGCUCCUGCAGCAGGGGCACCCCGUGAACCCCCGCGAUUACUGCGGAUGGACCCCCCUGCACGAGGCCUGCAACCAUGGGCACCUGGAGAUCGUUCUGGAGCUGCUGGCUCGGGGGGCAGCCCGGGAUGACCCCGGAGGACCCGGAUGUGAGGGGGUCACCCCCCUGCACGACGCCCUCAGCUGCGGCCACUUCCAUGUGGCUCAGGCACUGCUGGAGCAGGGGGCGAGCGCCACCUGCAGGGACAGUGCGGGCCGGACGCCGCUGGGGACCCUACAGCAAUGGGUGAACACCUAUAGGGAGGAGCUGGACCAGGAGACGUGGGAGCGGGCGCAGGCCAUGGAGCAGCUCCUGCGGGAAGCACAGGGACAAGCCUCAUCACAGCCCUGCCAGGACCUGUUUGAUGCUGAGAUGUCGCAGAGCCAGGAUCGGGAUCGGGAUCGGGAUCAGGAUCAGGACCACGGCAGCUCCACAUCCCCAUUGAGGCCAGGCAAGAGGCGGCUCCAACCACUGGAUCCCAAUGGAUACAGAGCCCUUGGCAGCCCCUGCCCGGCGCUGAUCCCAGAGGAGCAGUACCUGCGGGAGCAGGAAUGGCUGGAGGAUGACUUGGGAAUGGUGCGAGGGAGCCGGAAGCGGCAGCGCCGGGAACGCCGGGAGCCCAUUGGGAAUGAUGGUGGAUGGGAUGUGCGGCGCCGGCACCGCGGCGGAGCCAGGGAUGGGAUCCCAAUGGAACGCAUUGGAGCCAGGGAUGGGAUCCCAAUGGAACGCGGUGGAGCCAGGGAUGGGAUCCCAAGGGAACGCAUUGGAGCCAGGGAUGGGAUCCCAAGGGAAUGCGGUGGAGCCAGGGAUGAGAUCCUAUGGGAACAUGGCAGAACCAGGGACACCGAGAGCCCUGUUCCGGAGGAGGAGUGGGAUAAGGACCAGGAUAAAGACAAGGACCAGGACCAGGAUAAGGACCAGGAUAAGGAUAAGGACAAGGAUAAGGAUAAGGAUAAGGAUGCUGAGGGGGGGGAGAGCCCCGCGCCGCUUCCUGCGCUCCGUGUCCGUGUCCGCAUCCAGGAUAAGGUCUUCCUCAUCCCCGUGCCGCAGAGGGAGCCUCUGUCCGUGCUCUGGUUGGCCGAGCGCGCUGCUGAGCGCUCCCAGCGGAGCUGUGGGUCCCGUCCCAGGCUCCUCCUGUCCCAGGAUGGAGCUCGACUGGAGCCCCAGGAUCUGAUCCGGGAUGUCCUGCGCAGCAAUGAGGAGGUGCUGGCUGAGGUGCAGAGCUGGGAUCUGCCCCCCCUGGCCGAGCGGUACCGACGGCUCUGCCGCAGCAUGGAUGUGGAGCCAGAGUCACGUGUGCUGCGGGCGCUGGCAGGGCCGGAGCCGGUGCUGGUGCUGGGGGGGGCUCCCCCCCCGGUGCGCUCGGUGCCGGCUCUGCUGCGGGCGCUGGGGGGGGGGGCACCGGAGCUGGUGCUGCUGGACCUGAGCCGUAACCGGAUGGGAGCCGCGGAGCUCAGGGGGCUGAGGGAGGCGGCUGAGGCUGGGGCGUUACAGAGCCUGGAGGAGCUGAACCUGAGCCUGAACCCAUUGGGGGACGGGAGCUGUGCGGUGCUGGGGGAGCUGCUGCUGUGCUGCCCAGUGCUGAGCACCCUGCACCUGCGCGCGUGCGGCUUCGGGCCUGGCUUCAGCCUGCAUGGUGCCACACGGCUGCAGGUACUCUCCAUGUCCCACAAUGCCCUGGGGCUGCCGGCGCUGCAGCGGCUCCUGAGCACCAUAGCCCAGCACCGGAUCCGGCGCCUGGAGCUUGGAUCCGUCAUAGGCUCCAUCACCGGGACCGGAGCCACCGGCAGAGCCCUGGGAGCCUUCCUGCGGCAGGAAGCUGCCUCUGCUCUGACCCACCUGGCGCUGCCUGGGAACCACCUCAGCGAUGGGGACGUGGCCGAACUGGCGAGGUCCCUCCCCCUGUGUCCGGCUCUGGAUUCUCUGGAUCUCGCUGCCAAUCCCGGGAUCAGCACAGUGGGAAUGGGGCUGGUGCUGAGAGCCCUGGAGCAGCGGAGCCAGGGACUGAGCAUGCUCAGUAUGGCAGGCUGCUCCGUGGUGCUCCCAUCAGACGAUCCCAACUGGUCCAGAGCCAUCGGCCUCAUCCAGGACCUGCGCCUGUGUGGCCGCAGCAUCACCCGUCCCUAUCCCAGCAAUGGGAAUGUUCCCAUUCCCAUCGGGAGCCUCACACGGCACCGGAAACUCCUUUGGAAGAGGCCUUGA